AUGAUGAUGAUGAUGAUGAGUAACAACUGCAAAUCAGCUGCACUCCUCUUGCCACUGCUCUCGAUGCUGGGCGCACUCGGUACAGCAACAACAACUGAUUUUGAUUCAUGCUGUGAGUAUGAUGGUUCCUGCUACGAUCCAGCCCAUUGUGCAGACACAGCUUUCUUUCAGGAUCAGGGACAUUUCGACGGCUCUACGACUUUUCAAGAGUUCUGUGAAAACAGUGUGGGAGCCUACUUUUGCCCGGCAGGUCAGGAUAUCCUUGAUUAUGGGUGGUAUACCCCUGUGGACGAUCCAAAUCUUGAAGAGUGCUGUCAAGCACCCGGACGCAUGUUGGAAGAGACUGCCCUUGAGCUAAACGACGGGCACCGCAAAUUGGUCGUUGAAGAAGCACGGCCUCUCUGCGAAGAUCUGGAAGCACAAGACUGGUAUUGUGGAACUAGAAGUCAAUUGUGCGAUGGGCCCUUUGAAUGUACGACCUUUAGUCGAGGAUACUGGGACCUUGAUGGUCUUUGCGGGGAGUACGGUUGGACAAUGUGUGACAAGCCAACUGAAUCCACAGGAACACCCACUGAACCCCCACAGGAACACCCACCAGACCCCUACAGGAAUGCCAACUGGAUUCCAACUGGCACCCCUACUGGAAGUCCCACUGGAAGUCCCACUGGAAGUCCACUGGAAGUCCAUGGAAGUCCAACUAAUCACGGAAGAACACCUACCGGAACUCCAACUGGCACCCCUACUGGAAGUCCCACGGGAACGCCAACUGGAAGUCCAACUGGCACCCCGACCGGAACUCCGACAGGAACACCAACUGGAAGCCCAACUGGCACUCCGACCGGAUCUCCAACGGGAACACCCACUGGAACUCCAACUGGCACCCCUACAGGAACUCCUACUGGCACCCCCACCGGAACUCCGACGAUGGCACCCACCCACGGAUCCGCCGACGGUGGAUCCGUUGGAGAUCCUCAUUUCAAAACCUGGGCCGGCGAGUGGUAUGACUACCAUGGUGUUUGUGACCUUGUGCUGCUCAAACUAAAUGAUUUUGCGGAUGGAAAGGGAAUGGACAUUGUCAUCCGUACAGCUGGUCGGGGUUCCUUCUCUUACAUUGAAACCACUGCCAUUCGAAUUGGACAAGACAUUUUGGAAGUCACUGGGUGGGGUUCCUAUGCUGUCAAUGGAGUGGAAGAUGCCGAUUUGCCACUGGAUCUUGGAGGCUUCACAUUGGAAAAGUGGUGGAGCAAUGCAAAGAAGCAUGUCCUUAUGAUCCAUUUGGAUGGCGGUGAACACAUCAAGAUCAGCACCAAAAAAGAGCUGGACAACCUUUUUGUGCUGGAAAAAUGGCAUGCGGUAUAG